AUGGUGGCUUCAAGACUGUUAUCCGCCGUGGCUUUUGCCUCGCUGGCGCUAGCGACUCCCUGUAAACAGGACCCCGCCGCGCCGCCGGUUACAUGUAAUGGCAAGAAGUACCAGUAUGACUCGCUCGCUGGCUUCGGUUCCCUGCCGCACGACGCCCGUGACGAGUUCGGUGACACCAUCUCCAUCGGUUCGGCGAUGGCCGUCACCAAUUGGCACAAGGCAGGUGACAAGUACAAGGGCACCGUCUAUGGCUUACCCGAUCGUGGUUGGAACACCAAGGGGACCACCAAUACUGCUCCGAGGGUCCAUAUCCUCGAGGUCACCUUCACGCCAAAGCCCCACGCAACGGUUGCCAAGCCCUCGCCUCCAAACGUCGAGUUCAAGUACAAACGCUCCAUCCUGCUCAAGGGGCCCGACGGCCAACUCCUGACCGGUCUCGACCCCGACUUCACCGGCGGGCUCACUUACCCCGGAUUCCCGGUUCUGCCCGCGGCGACUUACCCAGGUGAUGGUUUCGGCGGCUCCGGUCCUGGCGGUAAGCGCAUCAGCCUCGACGCCGAGGGUCUUUUCCUCGAUAGCGACGGAGGCUUCUGGAUUAGCGACGAGUACGGCCCGUUCGUGUACAAAUUCGACAAGAGCGGCCAGAUGGUCGCCGCCAUCCAGCCCCCCGACGCCAUCCUUCCCGUGCGCAGCAAGCAAGUCAACUUCAACUCCAACACCCCGCCCAUCUACGACCCGGAUGCGAGCCCCGAGCCGGAAGAUCCCGAGCACGGCCGCCAGAACAACCAGGGGUUCGAAGGCCUCACCGUCUCGCCGGACGGCAAGGACCUCUGGGUCCUGCUGCAGUCGGCCGCCAUGCAGGACGGCGGCGCGAGCUCCUCCAAGCGCCGCAUGACCCGCCUGCUGCAGUAUUCCAUCACGCCCGGCGCCAAUAAACAGCCCAAGAUUGAGUACCUGGCUCAGUACGUCGUGCCGCUGCCUACUUACCAGCGAGCCGAUGGCGCCACGCGUGUCGCUGCGCAGUCAGAAGUACACUGGGUGUCGGACACACAGUUCUUCAUCCUCGCGCGUGAUUCCAGCGGCGGGCGAGGCCAGGAUGACCCCACGUCGAGAUACCGCCAUAUCGAUGUUGUUGAUAUCUCCGGGGCGACAAACAUCAAGGGCCCUACAUUUGACGAUAUACAGAAUGGUAACAUUACUGUUGGGGGUAUUGAGAAGCCUUCUGUUACUCUCGUGGCCGGCAUCACCCCUGCCGUGGUGUGCCCGUUUAUUGAUUACAACCUCAACGCGCAGCUGAACAAGUUCACGGCGCAGGACGGGUCUGUGGUUCAUAACGGUGCGCCGGUCGAUCUGGGGUUGCUGAAUGAGAAGUGGGAGGCGCUGGCUGUUUUGCCGGUUAAUGAGCUUAAGGAUGGGCGGGAUGUGAAGGAUCAGUAUUAUGUCUUUACGCUGUCGGAUAAUGAUUUUGUGAGCAAUGACGGAUAUGCCAAUUUUGGCCAAAUCCCGUUUGUCGACGACACGGCCUCGGUGCCGUUCCUUGAUAGCCAGGCGCUGGUUUUCAGGGUCACUCUGCCGCAGGGUACGAGGCCGUUGAUUGGACAGAGCGUUGCUAAGUAG